GAUGCAUUAUGUUUAUGUACUUGAAUGUGAAAAUGGCAAGUAUUAUGUUGGCAGUACUAAUAACAUGAUGAACAGAUAUAACGAACAUACAAGUGGAGGAGACCGUUCUGCCACGUGGACACGCAAAUACCUACCAAUUUGUAUUGUAUGGGUGGGACUUACUAAUAAUAGCUCCUUUGAAUUGGCCAAGACCAUAGAAUACAUGAAAAUUUAUGGUAAAGAAAAUGUAAGAGGUGCCCAUUAUUGUCAACUAAUUUUGGAUUCAUCUGUUGAUGAUGAUUUAUAUGAUGUAUGUUUUCAAUGUGGUGGAAAUUUUCAAUUUGGUGGAAAAUAUCACCGAGCUAAAGGAUGUAAUAAUUGCCCUGACUGUGGUAAUUUAGCUGCACUAAUUGUGGUGCACCUUGUCAUGUAG